AUGGCGUCUACAGCUGUGGUGAACUGUUCUGGCUUGCAGGCUGCAGAUCACUGCUUGUUUCUUCUUAAAAAGCGAAGGUAAGUUUCUAAAAUCCAACUCCUGUGCGUGUGCUUCAGUUAUGUCCGAUAUUUAUGACGUAAAUCGUUCUCUGUGCAGCGAAUUUGGUAUGAUUCUGUUUUGUAAAUUUCAUCCAACAGAUCCAGUUAAGUUAAAAGGCUCAUUCGUACACUUUGCGGGAAUGGCAAACGUUGAAGUGGCUAUGACAAGUUAUUCCUUUAAUUAUCGUUUAACUGAUCUUCAUAUCCACACAAAGGCAAGUCCUCAUUAGGUUCAUUAAUGAGAACAAUUGUUAUUGUGCUUUGCAGUUUGCUGAUUUUGGGGUCAUACCUGGUGUAAUAUAAUUUAUUCGUUUUCUUUGUUUUAUGGAUUAUUUUCAGGGUUAGGUUCACUGUUAAGGAUGUUUUUUUUUUUUUGGUUUGUGCCAGCUGUGAGUAAUAAAUUAUAUCACACCAGAGAUGAGCCUCAUUUUGCCUGUUUUCGAUCUCCUACUUGACGUUUGAUGUUUGUUGUAAACUUGAUUCUGAAUCUGUCUAUAGUUUAGGUGGCAGAUCUAGGGGGAGGUUCUGGGGGUCUGGACCCCCUUAUUCGACCUGACAGUAGUUUUUGUGAAUGAAAUUCAUACAUUGACAGGAUAAUAAUCAGUUAUUAACUGGCCGAUUUUUUUGAAUAAAUCGCAUGUUGUAUUUUCCCACUUAACUUAAUUCCUGGGAUAAUCGAAAAUGUAAUGUUAUUGUUUUUGGGUACCCUCCUAUGAUUUGUGACCUUAUUUGGGAAAACCUACACUACUGAUAUUUCCUUAAACAGUUAGUUUGUUAGCUGUCCAUUAGUUAUCUGUUAGACAAUUCAAUGAAAAUAGUUAGAGGCAUUAGGCAAUUCGUUAGCAACUCAUCUGUAUCAGUUAGAGCAUUAGUUGUAUCCAAUAGAGGCGUCAGUGAAUUUGUUAGCAACUUAUGCAUAUCCCUCAGAGCAUUAGUUCAGGAAACUAAAGCGUCAACAGACGAUUCUAUUGCUAUUUAAGGCUGAUGGCUUUAUGGGCGCUCUGUUGCAGAGCUAUUUCAAAAAAAUCCUGAACAUUAAAACAUUUCAUCACUUUCAAUUUUCAGAGAAUGAACUAGGCAUUGUCUCCUGCCAAGAGUUUUUGUCAUCUCGAGAGCAAGCUUUUUUUUUUUGCUAAGGAAUGGCAUUGCCAUCCCCCCAGUUUCAGUUCUACCACAAAAGAUCAACCCAGAAGGCUUAAGCGAGGAAUGUCGAAAUUACUUGUAUCGUGAAAUAGGACAGUUUUGUAAACUUGAGAGCAAAGACUUUGUUGCACCAUUUCCAUGAUCAGUGAGCUUUAGCAGCUGUAUGAUAUGUUUGUAGAUGCGAUUUUUCAUAAUUCAAUCCCAUGCUGUAAGAGAAUUAGGAUUAUUGUUGCAGUUAUUGUGUAUACACCAGUCGCACUUACUUAUGUAAUAAAUCAAUGAAGUUCUACUGAAUAAUUUUUUGGGGAUAUUUUCUAGUCUUCUUUUAGUAGUUAUGUCAGUUAACUGAACUAACCCGAUGUAUGAAUCCGAGUGAAACCCGGAGUAGUCAAACAAACUUUAAUCUUUAGUCAUUAAUAAGGAUACUCUUAGUCUUACAUGCUAGAGAUAAUGGCUUUAAGUUCGCUAAUAAAUCAGGGAUUACAGGUGAGGGUACACUUUUACAAGUUCUGAUAGUUCUAGGAUAAAAGGAAAAUUUAUAGGCAUCGUUCAGUGUGGUGCACAAUUAGGAGAUUUCAAAGCUCUUUUAUUGCGAAAUAUUUCAGUUGGUAGGGAAAUACCAGUUAACCCCUUUAUAGAUCAUGUAAAACAUGAACACUUGGUUGAUCAAUUUUAGGUAAUCGAGCUCAAACUAUUGAGUGGGAUUGAGUUUGCGAGCGUAAUUGAACAAUACUCUUCAUGAGUUUGAUUAUCAAAUCAAUCAAACUUUAUUGAACUUAUCGAACAUGGUCGAGCUCAAAACCAUUUGAUUAAGUUGGGUAAUCAAACAAAAUUAAACUCUCUUGUUGUAAUACUCCGACUAACGAAACAAUCAAACUUAAUAAAAGCCUUUCAAAAUAAUACAGAGCUCAGUCGAACUCCUUUGACCAUUCGGCAUUUUUUUUAGAAAAGGCUAGCAAAUUUAGCAUGGAUGGCUCUGGCCCAACAACAGGACAGUCGAUCGGUAUCAAAACAGACGGCUGAAGGAAGAAUUUUCAUCCUCAAAUAAUGACAACAAUGUGUUGGAUUGAAACCCACCAACCAUAAAUUAAAGAAAAUAACCAACACGUAACACAACCAAUGAAGUACCUGGGAGUAUAAUUCACUGUCAACAAAGGAAGCGCAGUAGCCAAUGCAUUUCGGUAAUUUUUGUUCCUUUGCUUACAAUAGCAAUCCACACAAAUGGAAUAAAGGUCUCACCAGUAAGAUGGAAUUUCAUUUCUGUUUAUGUGCUAGAUUACAGUGGCUCUCCGAAAAUUGUUGCGCGAGGCAAACUUACCGUCAAAAGCUCUCUUCUUCUUUCCUGAAGAAAAUGUGACUGGAAUUGGCCCUGCAAAAAUUAUCUUGCAAAAAAUAAUGUUGUUAUUGGAGAGACUGUUAACUGGCAAGGGGAAGGAGUGGAAGCUGAAAUCAUCGCCUUAAGUGGUAAGUAAAGUAAUUAACUGUUAACUGUGUUUUUCUGUUGCAAGGUUUGCCCUUCUACCAGAUAUCUUGACUUACCAUGUUUUUGUUCUUUUCUUGUUGUAGAAAGCACUGAUGAACUAAAUGAGAAGCAUCUGUUUUGGUCAAAAAAGAAUCUUGAAGAGACUUCUCAAGUUGAUUCCAUCAGUGCACCAAACAAACAUCCAAAGAAGAGAUCACGAUUGGUAGGUUUGGUUAAUCUGUAUCAUCAAUAUUACUCCGGUUUUGUUUGGUUAUGUGAUUAUGACGUUCUAUUUAGUGACAUUACUAUUUAGUAAUUACUAAUGCUAACUGAAGAUCGUGCUAAAAUUUAGUAGUCCGAUUCAAAUAUUAAAGCAUUAACUUGGCACUGCCUUUUAGCCUUAGUCACGUACUGAGCUAAAUUCGGUUUUAUUUCAGGAGAAAAGCAAUGCCAAGGAGAAGGUGGCAAAGACGAAGGACACCACAAAGCCACCAUCUACCACGACAGCUGAAGUGGUGGAUUUGAGUAAGGAGGAGGUAAGUAUUGUAACUCUUCAUUUCAAAAAUUUGAAGUUUGAUUUUAAGUAUUUUGCUUGGAUCAUGGUCUUCCUUGAAUGUUGUUUUUCUGUCAUUAGCGCAGUUCGUUAAAGCUGUUUUCAGUCAAUGAUUGCAUUCCAAGUAAAGAAGUGUUUUCACACUUUGUUAAUGAAUUGGAAUCAUCUCUUAUUUCACUUUUUCCAUUUUCGCGUGAUAGUUGCAUGUAGUGGAUUAUGGUAAGCCGAGCCGCUUGGCUGAUUUUACUUAACUUGAAAAUUUUAUAACCAUUAAGUUUUGUAAACUGAAAAACUUUGGAUUGCUUUCUUUCAGGAGAAAACUAACUCUAAUGCGUCAACAAAGACCAAUGAUAACUCCGCAACGCCAUUAUCUGCACAGGUAAUUUUGUAGUAACUAUUUUUAACAACUUGUAGUUAUGAAGGUUUGGCUUAUAAAAGAGGAUUCAUCCAUGUGCAUUUAUACAGGCCCGGCCCACAGAAGGUUUAGGGUGUCUGUAAUGCAGGCUACAUUUACACCCUCACUCAAAAGAAGUAUAAUAUAUUGAUUCUGUUUUAAAAUAACUUCAUUUGUCCAGCAAAUUUGAACAGCAGUGGUUUGGCAAAUAUGGAAGCAUUUAGUUUUAAACAUCUGAAGUCAGUUGGUCUGAGCGUCUAGAACUAAGUUCCCAAACGCCUACAAUUUGUAGAUAUUUAAAGUACGUUUUAGUGCAGGGAACUUUUGUUUUUCACUUCUAUUAACUACGUGAACGUCUUACAUGUACACAUUAACUAAAACGUUUGCAAAAUUUUGUUAUGAUCAUUUUUAAAUCGCUGUAACUGAAACUGAUACUCCAUUUUUUAUUUUGUUCUUUAGAAAGAUCACGUCGCAGGAGACCGAUACAAAGAAUUCUUAAAGGAACAAAAAAAGAGGGAAGAAGACCUGGCAGCUAAACAUAAAAGGGCAACCAAGAAACUGAAUCUUCCUGACUCUUCCCACGACGUCAUCAUGAAAAAAUUGAUUCUCCAGACAAUGUCAGCCUGA